AUGCGUCGUAAACGUGAGCAGGCAACGGCCGUGCUCAGAAGAAAUACGGCUAAGUAAAACUGUCGAGAAUAUUUACCGGGUCUAGAUGUCGUAUCAACAAUUUUAAAUGCCUAUAAAUAGCCCGAAAAAUGCGACAGCGUUAUGGAUAUAUUACCACGUCUAUAAAGUGCCAGCAUGAAACGUAUUCGGUGUCGAUUUUGCAGGUUCCUUCCAUUUUUCUAUACCGUAUUAGAAAACGGAAAACCGUUUUAGUCAAUAGAAAAGCAAAUUGGAAAUUAACAGAAACCGUUAUCGCGUAUAUGUUUCAGUCUUUUCGCCGUUAUUGAGGAUAGCACAAAGGCUCGUAGCUAGACCAAAUCAUCAAAGGGGACAAACCAAAAUUUUUGGGGGGGACAUUAGAAAGAAAAAUACCAUGUACACAUUUAAUACAUGUCGGAGAACAACAAUUAGGUCCAGGAGGACAGUGCGCUUCCUCUUGCCCUCCCCAUGGCUACGGGCCUGAAACUACAAUAAAAAAAUAUGAAGAUAAUCUUUUCAAUGCAAAAACUAGAUCCGAUGUUUUACAAUAAAAUAAAGCUUCCUUGUCGUUUUUGUUUUUUUUUUUACUGUUAUCAAUAUUUCUAGUAAAGAAAAAGAAAUCCAUAAAGAAUACAUCAUAAUAAAACCAAAAUACUUCCCUUGCCACAAAAACUAAAAACAAAAGUGCGCAAUAUCGACAGCGGCUCGAUCCCGAGGGACGACAUCAAUCGAACCGUCGUGUUUCUCUCUUCUUCUUCUUCCUCUUCUUCGUCUUCGGCAGACAGCUAUAUCAGUUGUAUCCGUCGACUUGUGUGUGUGUGUGUUUAGAAAAUCCGACAAUCAUCGGGCUCGCGUGAGAAAAUCAUUUGCGCGCGAUACGAAUAAUAUACGCGAGCAAAACCGAACCGGAAUUCCGCCCGAUUCCGGUAUUCGUCUUUUUUUCUCGCUUUAACAUUUACAUUCCCGUGCGAUACCGUUACGACGCGUACACGUGCAUUUCCAUCGAACGGGUAUAUCUUUCGUCAGUCUCCGGUUCCCAAUACUAUUUGUGUAUUUUUUUUUGUUUUUUGUUUUUUCUGACACGCGCCGCUGAUGUACACGCGAAUAACCACCCGCACACACGAUUCGCAGACAUAUUCGAAUAAUACGUUUUUUUCCCAUCGUCAUCCCGUAUUUUUUACAUCUCUAUUAUACUAGGUACGUUUUCCGUUAGACAGGAUACGAUGAUGUGGGUAUAUAUAUAUGUAUAGGUACACCGCGAUGACGACAACGACGAGUUAAUUAAAAUAAUAUGUUUCGACAAAUCUUGGGAAAUCGACAAAUCUCUCUGAAACCGUAGAGUUUAUUCACAAUGUUUGUACUGAGAUAAACUCAAAAUAUCCCAUAUAUAACUCUAUAUCCUAUAAUUACAAAUUUUUUAUAAAUUAAAAUUCAUUGCAAAACACCAAUCGUGUUACUCCGUUCAAGCGCUUGGAUGAAUAUUUUCGUUAUUGGUGUCGGAGGAUCAGUAUGAGGACCACUUGUUCUCCAGACUACAAUACGACCGUAGGUUUUAAUUCCUGCAAAUCAAAGUUAAUACUCAAUGGAAUUUCUACGUGUUUUAUAGUUUUUAUUAUUUUUUUUUUUUUACGAAAGCCAAUUUGUUCAGCAAAUUGUGACUAAACGCACGUUAUAUAAAAUCGGCGCUGUCAUCCUAGUUCGAAAUACCUACGACGUGUAAGGUUUUUUCUUCUUCGGUACCUAGUGUGGCAUAUUCAUUGGAUUUUAAUUAUAAUUUAUAAAAGGUAGUAUACCAUUUAAAUUUCUACGGGAAAAAUCGAACUAAAAAAAAAAAAAAAUGUUUUGUCCUUCGUGUUAUGUGCGGACAUAAGAGAAACCCAAACGAGAGGUAAACUAUACAGGCAUCAGGUAUUUACGAUGUGACGGUACCCGCUAUUGGUUUUUUUUUUCUUCCGAUCUGUUUUUCAUUAACUCGCAUUAUUUUUGACGGUCACCCGCAACAAGGAUGAAUUAUUUCUUGGAGAAAUUUCGUCGAUAAUCAAUCAGGUGUGAUGCAUUCAGACAACGACGAUAUUACGGUCAAGUUUAUCGGUGUGUGAUAUGCUCGCUGUGUAAGACAUAGGUAUAUUUAGUAAAAGUGGAUCAAACUCCUAUUAUACGAACGAUUUGGUUAUCAUCGUCACCACGUCUUGCAGCAAUAUUAUAAACGAUCUAAAACUAAUUUUAACGAAUAAUUUUCCUUUUAAUUCAUUUCACUUGUAGGACUUUCUACGCAUUGUACCUAUGAUAGGAAACUCGUUUUACCGUCUUGAAUACAUUUAAAUAAUAUUCACAAUACGUUUUUGUUUUUUUUUUUUUCAGACACACGAGGUCUCGACACAAGAUUACGAUGGUACGUAUAUUAAAGUAAAAGAAAAAAAAACAAACAUAAAACACAAAAAUCGCUCACCGUAGUUGGAAUAUAUUUUCUAACUUGAAUUAUUAAUGUAUUAAAGUUGGGUUGCAUAAACAACCAUUAAACGUUUAACGGUUCCUUCAUUUCCAGAUGACGUGUUGUAAAUUUGAUGUUUGAAGUCGAAACAUUGAACGUUUAAACAUUGUUUUAUCAAAGCCCUAUGGGCUAUGUGUUCUAUCACACAAUUAUGUUUUUCCAAUGAUAAUUCGGUUUUCACGCUUGUACGUUUUUGAACGUUUCAAUUUAAACUGUUAACAGAACUAAAGUAGGUUUCGAUUAUUCGAUUAAAUCGAAUAACACCUGUGGAAUUCGCAGGAUUUCAUAUUGUUUGUUUGAUGGACCGUUAAUGCAAUCCAACUGGCUCGAUAAAGGUGUUAAACAGCCCGAUUAAACAAUUCUUUCAUUAUACAAACGUAAUGAAAAGUUGCACGCACGUAACGCGAUAUUAUGUGACAUAAAAACACCUCAUCACGUCGCGCGUUGGUUUUUCCGCAGUGUCGGAAAUACAAUGUUCGUUCUCGACGGACUCACUGCGGGUGGGCAAAGCUCUGCUGGGCGUCAAGGACGUGAUAUCGGCCAGGCUGAAGAAACCAGAGGGAUUCAAGGGACAUCCGCUGUUCGCCGACGAUCGGUCGGUCGAUCCGCUAGUCGACCCCGUCUGCCAGAUACGGCCCGAUCUGUCAGACGCGGCGCUGUUGACGUACAGCCUGUUGGUCACCGACUUUGCGCGGUGCGGCGUCCUCAGGAGAAACGUGAGUGUUUGUUAUUGUUGUUUGCGGUAGAUAGUGUGUCCGGUAGCUGUACGGCACCGUCAGUGACGUAAGGAAAUGCGAACGCGUUUUAAAAAUCCGAAAUCCUUAUCCAAAUACCGGUCAAUUCAAACUUCAUUACCUAGGUUGUAUACCUUUAGUGUUAAUGAAUCGAUAGGUCUGAGAACAAUUGAACGUAUUAAAAUUCAGUUUUGUCGUAGUCCAGUUUUUGGAUAUACAUUUUUUUUUUUUUUUUCACAAACGUUCAUAAAUUCACCCGAUGAUUUUAAACCUUGGGAUUCUCGUUUCUGCGUAAUCGUUAUACACGGGUUAGUAUUACACAGUAAAACAGCGUGUCGUACUUAUCCGCUCCAACGUGUUGAUAUAUAAUACAAUUGUUAUAUUGUCACGGAGCGUUUUUUUUUUUUUUUCUUAUCUAAUUUUAUGUUUUCAGGGUUUCGUGCACGUCCGCGUGUGGUUUCCGCAGUUUCCAGGCGUGGUGAUGAUGUCCGACCAAGAGCUGAUCAUCAUGUGCAAGCCACCUGAGCCGACGAUAAUCGAAAACAAAGCCGCCGGAUUCGCUGGUAGUUUGUAAGUAUAAAAUUGAAAAAAAAAAACAAAAUAUAACUAUCACACCCCAUAAUCAUAUAACUAUACGAAUUUAUGGAGAUUUUCGAAAUUCCGCAAUGUCUCGAAGUAAGAAAAAAAAAUUGUUUGGCAAACAAAUAGUCAUUAAUCUUUGCGCGCCAAUACUUAUUUAUUACGUUCUUUAUACGAAUAACUCUAUCUAAUUUGUUUGAAGAGUAAAAAAAAAAAAGGACAUGAAAUAAUAGUAAUAUGAUCGUUUCGUUAUAGUAUACGGUUUAAUAGGCAUGCGACUAAUAAUAAUACCUUAGAAACGCAGCUAUAGUGCAUUUCGAAGAGAUAAGAGGGGAAUACGAAACUGUAUUUGUAUCGGAUGCGCGUUUUGAAUGUUUUUAAACGUGCAGUGUUAAAUGGAAAUAAAUUAUUAUUGUCAGUCUAUGAUGCAGAACCCGGAAUUAUAAUAUGCACUUAAAACUUAUGAAAUAUGACGCAUGCAAUAUUAACACACACUUAUUAAAAAAAAAAAAAAAAUAUAUCAUCAACAAUAAAUUGUAUAACAAAUAACAAAAAUAUAUUACGAUAUUAAAACGAAAUUGGCUGACAAUAGAUUUGGGACAUCGUCCGUCGAAAAGGGCAGAGGCGGUGAUACGGCGAGAAUGAAGAGUAGGUAUAGUAGGCGAAUGACAGAACGGAUAAUUGAAUAGCCGUGCUGGGGAUGAUACACGUUUUUAGACGGCAGGCAACAAGUGACAGAAAUUUAUUGGUAUUAACUUAUUGCCGUUUACUUUUUCGUCACAAAAAUGUUUGAAUUACGCGAAAAUCGUGUUUCGCACAUCAAAUCAUUGUACAGACUCAGAUUAAAAUUCGUGUCUUUUUUUUUUUUUUUUUAUAUCGUCACACCUACUCGUCCGCCUAUGUGUUUCAUUCGUUUCGAGAAGACCGCCGCUGUCUCCCCCCUGAUCGGUGUGAAAAAAACACGCCGUAUUACUUCGAGUCGUACCAUCAUUAUUAUUAUAUCCGGUGCCGAUAUAAAUUUGUUUGUUUUAUUACACCGGGUCGCCGGCAGACGGGAAUAUCCUUAAAGCGUUUCCGCCAUAACGACGCCCAUAAUGAUAAUAAUAUUAUUAUUAUAACACGAACUAUGGCGCGUUCAUUGGUCUUUCGAAAUUAUUGUCUCACCGUAUUCACCUUUAAAGAUAAGAGUCACUUCGAAGCGCUUUUUUCACGUGGGGUGGCUGACCGUUUCCGCCGCCGCCGUAUAGUAAUACCUAUCUCCGAUUCGAAUCGUCAUCUCUGACACGAUAACCAUCGUUACACGGCAGGUUACAAUAUUGUUAUUACGAAACUCCUGGCAAUUCAAAAUAUUAUUAUUUUGUAAAUUACAUUCCCGAUUACGACGAAAACGUGUAUACCGCAAACGAAACCGGACGGUUGUUGCAAGUAAGCUCAAAGGUCAAAAACCCUAUUUUACGGGGACAGUAAGAAAAUAUUGUUUUUUUUUUUUUUUUUUUUAAGUUUUUAAUCUAACAGAACACUUUCUUUGACAAACGGACGUCCAGAGUCGAAAUCGUUUAGUAUUGGAUACAAGCACCGAGUGUAUUUUCGUUCUGCCGUUAUCCUCGACGUAUUCACGCGGUUAUUGCGUCGGUUUUAUAAGAAUUUAGCGGCUCCGCGCACGUUAUUUUACAAGGAAAAAUAUAACAAACUGUUUUGAUUAUUUCAAACGAUUUAAAAAAGAAAAAAAAAAGGAAAAAUAUUCUCUCGGAUUAUAAUUGAUAUCGGGCGUUUAUCCGGCCGGUUAGAUCGCGAAAUAUUGUUUUACACGUACACCCCCAUGCACUUAUCGAGAAAACGAAUACGGUAUACCGCGACAGGACGCGGAUUGAUUCGCGGCAAAGCGAUGGGGGAGGGGAACGGACAAAAAAAAAACCACCGCCUACCCGCGCGCGUACGAACGGCGUGGAAAUGGUUUUGUAACGGUACAUCGCGUAUAACGAGGAGUCGCACAGCGGCCGCGGCUAUACACCGAAGGUGCCGGGUAUUAUUGUCGGUACCACAACAAUAAUGAUAAUAUUAUGUACGCAUACUGACCGAUAUAUGAACGGUUCGGUUAUUGUGUCUCGGUCAUCGUUUUUUUUCUUUUUUUUUCUUAUUAAACAAUAUCGUUGUCGAUGUGCCGCCACUGGUUGGCGUAUAAUAUAACAGUUGGCCGGCUCCCGGUAUGUGGAGUAAGUCCGACGACUGCGCACUACCGUGACGAUCCGGCGCGCGCGUAAGUGAGUGAGUAAACAAGUAAGUAUACGUACGCGCGAUACGUGCGAGCGGUUUCUGUAAUGUAUGUGCGUGCGUAUUUGAAUACAACGUUUAAUAUUACCAGUGCCGCGCAUUCAAUCUUGCUCUGGGGGGAAAAGGGUGGUUAGAACAAUCAGGAAAAUGUCCUUUCCUAAUAAUCCGACACGCACAGGCACCCGCCAAUAAUCGAUGAAAACCUGUACGAAGUUCGUGACGAUCGAUUACCGUAUUUUUUUCGUAAAUAUAAAAUGCGAUAUAACGUUAGUCGAACAGUUAUUAAUUUUUAAAAAAAAAAAUAAAAAAAAAUACGCGAUACAGAUUGUACAGCGUUCAAUAGCGGCCCGACCGCCGGGCGUACCCGAUAUGUGAACGCGCGAUUCCAGCCGGCCCGUUAGCCCGCGAACCCGUUCGGGAAACGGUUCCCGGACGCCCGUUCGCCCGCCACCCAACGCGCGUACCCGUCGCGGCCGGCGGGCGCCCGCGCACCGGCGACGAUCACAGAUUCCGACGCCUCCGCCGCGGCGCGUCGCGCACAACGACAACACGGUCCGCCGGCGUUGCUGCGGAUGCAACGACAUCGAUGCCGGGCGGUGGAUGUUUACGUUAGCGUUUCGCGGCCCGGUUAAUCUCUCGGGUUUUCGGGAUCGCCGUCCGCGUCGUGGCGACGUGAUUGCGACCGCAAACAACGCCGCGCGUACACAAUAAAUACGGUUUUUUUUUUUCCGAUUCCGCCGUCGCCGUCCGUAGCGCUCUAUUGCGUUUUGCCCUCGAAAACCGUACAGCGCAGAAAUCCAUUAUAUCGUUAUCGCCGUUGCGGUUGUUGUUGUUCUGUGACGUCGGAUUGUCGCCGAAAACGGCGCGGGCGAAAUGAAAAGACCGACACCCGCGAUUCCGUGUACAGAAUCGAAUUUUUCUCCCCGGCCGACUUGUCGCGGUUACGAUAUUUCAUUUUUUUUUUUUUUUUCCACAACCGACUAAAAACAGUAUGGUCAAGGACAGAUUCAACAGAUUCGCAUUCAAUUUUCCUAACAUAAAAACAUCACUUCAAUACGCAAAGAUAUUUUCCGAAUGUCUUGCGAUUAUUUAUUCAUUUAGGCAAAAUUAAUAAAAAAAAAAAAAAAAACAUUAUUAAACAUAAAUUUUGAUUUAAAUGUAAAUACGCCGGUUGUUUGUUUGUAUAGAGAGUAAGUAUGUACAAGAAAAAUAUCAUGUUAUUAGUGUACCGGAUGAUUAUAUUAUAAUUAAUCGUGUUAAUCUACUCGCCCCUGUAACGUAAAAUACGGUCGGACCGCGCGUUUGACAGCCGGCGAGUCGAACGCACGUCUGCAAUGUCAGACUCCUAAUCGCGGUGCGAAAAGAACAGCACUAUCGAUAGUCUUAAUAUAAGUUCGAAUGAGGCAACUGCGUGUUACAUUAUGAAAUCCAAUCGAAAUUGUUUCGCUUCAAUUCGCCUACGGAACUACUCAUUAAUUCCCGAAUUUGAGCUCAUUUCGUCCGGAUCCCUCCGGUCUUAAGAAGUAUAUGAAAUAGCAACAAAAUGGUAUAUAUGUAUAUGUGUGUGUAUACAUAAUGGACACAGUGUAAUGCUAUAGUUUCUGUUUUCGAGGGGGAAAAGUGACGGGAGGGAAAUUCGACAAAAAUUUAGACAGAUUGCGACUACGUUAAGUACAAUAUACCUAGGUAAUGUUGUUACCGUUUAAAAUCAAAUUUCUUGCACCUACGAACGCACGGAGAGUCGUCGACAUCAAUCAAAUUCCGAUUACGUGAUGUAAACGUUGUGUGCGGUGUUUUGUCGGUUUCUUCACACGGCAACAUUCCGAGUAGGAUAAUGUCAUAAUACCCAUAAUAAUGUCCCACGAAACUUAUUCGCACGUUUAAAUAAAUAUUAUUAUGUUCCUUCGUGAAUAUUCGGAUUGUGGUAGAAAAAAAAAAUACAUCAAGAGUUCAUCAUCAUCGAAUUUACAAUGAUUUUCGUUGUUGAUUAGUACUGCGAUAGCAUUUGGUGAUUUUUUUUUUUCACGUUUCGAGCGUAUAACGAAAAUAAUAUUAGUUUUACGUUUUUUUCCCCUCUUAACUUAACAGAUGCGUACCUAUUUCUCGGUCGAAACAUUUGUCUAAAUUCCCGACGGAUUUUUUCGACAUUGUUUUUUAAAAUUUAGAUGAUAUGUCUUUUUGUCGUUUUUCGGAUUAUCGUGGACACAACGAGUGCCCUCUACCGACCUCCAAUGACGUGUUUUCCUCCCUGUAAACUUCACCUUUAAUAAUUGUUUAUAACUUUACCAGUUAUUCGAGCUCCGCCUAGACUCGUUUUCCGAUUGUUACGGUUUAUCGUCACUAUUAGAAUAUAACAUUUUUUAUAUAAGAUACGUCUUGUAGUUUUUCGCCGUUUCAUCUAUACGUUUAUCACGGAAUCGCAUCAAUACUUUGUUCCGACAUUUUAAAAUAUCGAGAUGAUUUAUCGUGUUAUAACGAAUUCUUCGGCCGCUGAUUAGGAACGUGUUGUUGUUUUUUUUUUUAUAUUUACCCCAUAAUUUAUUCCGCGCUUUUCUUUACUAUAUAUAUUUUUUUAUUUUUUUUUUUGCCCGGUAAAAUAUCACGAAUAUAGACCACAGUGUAAAUACAGAAUAUAAUAGAAUUAUUAUAUUUAAUUAUAUUAUAUUACUAUAAUACUAUAAUUUAACAAUAUCAUCAACAAUUAUUGUACGGUUUUUGAAAAAAUAGCGUUGUUUUUUUCUUAUGAAACUAUAUUUUAUAGUUUCUAGGUUUUUUUUUUUUAAAUGUAUAAUAAUAUUAUUAAAUAAAUCUAUAUAGGAAAUUUAAAAGUUUUUUUUUUUGAUAUUUUUUAAAAUUGGCUAGUGCCUGUAAUAUGCUUUGAUCGUAUUACAAAACCGAAUCGGCUUUGAUUUUCGAAUAUUAUAAUAACUCUUAAUAUUUAUUUUAAAUUAAACAUUAUUUAUUUGUUUUUUUUUUUGAAAUAGUAAAGCAGUUAACCAGCCUUACUCGUAUAAUAUAGUUUACAAACGAAAAAACGUUGCUGGUAAAGCAAUAAAAACGCGCGAUCGAAGACGAAAUUACAUUUCCACGCUCCAUUUUUCUCGUACAAAUCGUUUAUGAUAAUAAUAAUAAUAAUAUUAUAGAGGUAUAGAUGAUACGUUUUUUUUUUUUUUUUAUUAAGACUCAUAUAUUAUUUAAAUGUGAAAUUAUGGAAAAAGUAAAAAAAAAUGUUAUCUAGAUACAUCUAGACAGUUAUAUUUGUUGUCCUUUAUCUUGUCUAUAUAGGUGAAUGAUAAAUAAAACUUAUUAAAUCGUAAUACAUUUAUACAUUAUUUACUAAAUGACCCGCCCGGCGUUAACCGUGCCAAACCAAUAAAACGUUUUCCCUUUGGAAUCCCCGUUUCAAUCCUCGUCGUCGCUGCAGUAAACCGCUGUUGCCUUUAAGUUUUUAAAAAUUACUUUCCUUUAAUUUUCUUUUCAAACUUAUAUGAAUUAGUUAUAUAGUUAGUUGCUAAGCAAUGAAAAUUAUUCAUAAAUUAUUAUUUCGUAUCUAGCCCAAACUACUGCAGGUUAAGUCAACAACUUCUACAGGUCUGAUCGGGAAUUUUUAAUGGCUCUAAACCUUCUCCGCGAUAUACUUUAUCAUUUAAAAAAAAACGCAUGACGAUUGAAUGAGCUGUUUCCGAGAUCAUUGUGGACAUCAAAAUGACACUUUCUUGCAUACACAUACGUUUAGUGAAACUUCUAAAUACCUAACACACUUGUUCGCUGACAUUUUAUCCGCUAUUUAGACGGAGAAGUUGUACUUAAAUUAAAUUAAUUAAUUAAAACAAUUUUAUUUUUACAUUAAUUAAAUAAAUCUUAAAAACUAACAUUUAUGAAAAAAAUCAUUUAAUUUAGCUUGUCUACCAGCUUCAGUCAUUUCGUAUGCCAAGGCAUUUUCUAAUACUUACUUUAUUUUUACUGGCUAUCGUAUUACAAUAAACGUUCGUAUAUUGGUAUCACAAACACAACCCAAUACGAUUAGGACUAGGACAACGCAUUGGUCGCAAUAUUUCGUCGAUGGAUCAUAUUUUAAUGACUGGACGAAUUAGAUAAGAUACGGUAUAAAAUGUUUAAUAGUAAUAAAAGAUAACUAAAUAAUAUAGAUUUUGAAAAUUGGAACAGGCACCUGAAUAUGUUUUAGUGCGUAUUUCGCAAUAGUUAUUAAUAUUGAUUUACGGUAAAAAUCGUCAACAUCAAAAAUUUAAAUGCCGCAAAAGUGUCAAUUAUUUAGAGUGUUCCGUGUUUAAAGGUUUUUCUAUAUUGUAUAAACAAUGGACAUGUCCCCGUUCCCGAGAAAAUGUCCGCUAUUUGGAGGUGUCCGCCAUUCAGAUGUGUUACUAAUUUGAUUAGAAAUAAUUGGUAAAAUAUUGAAUUUAUCCUCGUAUGGUCGAAUACGCAAUAAUGGGGCAUAACGUUUGUUCGACAACAACAAUCUUUUUGAAUUCUAAACAAACAGUUGCCGAUUAUUUUAGAUAACAUUAUGUAUUAUUAAUAAAUUUAAAACAUUGUUAUUGUUAUUUAAAACAAGUAUCCCCGUCUCUUAUGUACCUUAAACGGGAUUUUCUUGUCGGUACAUACAAUACUGGUUUUUACCUCGUGUAUAAUAAGAAGGGAUAAUGAUUUGGAAACUAUCGCGUAUUGCCGACCAGUAAUUGUUUUUUUCUUUCUUUUAUUUCCCUAGAGUGUUCGGUAAAUAAUUUACCGUGUACAGCUAUAUUUAAAGGUGCUCGAUAAAAAUAAUUAAUUCUAUUAUUGUCGUGGAAAUCGGUCUAAAUAAUGAAAAACCGAGAUGCAUCACGUUUUGUUAUAUCUACGCGUAUCAAAACAGCUAGGAAUAAAAAAAAAAAAAAUAAAAAAUAAACCCGUAUCGGCCUUGGAAACGAGGAUCCAUUGAGUAGAACUUUAUUUUUCACGGUUUCCGAUCGUUUUCUUUACAAACGACAACGACGACGCGUAAUUAUUAUUUUUAUACCGAUCGUAAAAGUAUACGGUUUACGCGCUAAACGUGCUUCUAUAGAAAAAAUUCGUUCGUGAAAAUUCGCGGUGCAAACAUAAACACGUAGCACAGCGACUAUUAUUUGGCGACUUUUCUUAUUGUGCUCUUAAAUACUAUACUCACGAUAGUAAUUAUUGUAUGGUAUAAGGCAUAGAUAUUAUUUAAUAUACGGAUAGCCCACUCCUGUGUUUUUAAGCAUUUUUGAGGCCGCGUUCCGGUAGAUUGAGCAGUUGAGAGCAGGGACUGGUACCUUCGGUUUUUUCCGGUUCCGGUACUUAAUUAUUUUUUUAAGAGGUUCCGGUUCAAGUUUGUGACAAUUUUUAUUUAAGGGUUCUGAUUCCGGUUCCAGUUUCGGAAAACUAUUUAAGAGUUUAAGUUAGGUUUCUAGUUAAAACCAGUAUUAAAAACGAUUCCAAAAAGGUAUUUAUUUUUAUUUUUAUCUCCAGAUUAAAUAUUUUAUAUAGGUACAUUAAACUAUUAAAAUAGUAGUAAUCAAACAUAAAAAGACGGAUAUACUUCGCACGCGUGUGCAGCCACUGUUGUAGGUGCGAAGUUGGGAAUGUGGGAUACAGAAGGGAAUUUAAUGUAGUUUAUAAGCAACGAUUCUGAGCGAAGUUCAGUUGAUAGUGAUACUUGGUCAACUGUAUAUAUAUGUCAUACUUACGGUAAAAUAAUUAAAUAGGUAUUGAAUGUUUUCUUUAAUAAUAUUUGUUUUAUAUUGUGUCGGUUUCCCGUUAUUUAUCCUGAUUUCACAAGAAAUAAACGGCUCUAAAGAAAAAUAAAAAUAGUUUAUCAAAGCAGUCGUAUUUUAAUCUGUGCUAUAAGCAUUAUAACCGAUAAUUUGAUCAUAAGCCACGGAGGAAAAGACAAAAUAAUUUAUCAUUGUAAAACCCGUUUUUAAAUUUUAAAUUUUCAACAAUACAAAAUAAAUAGGCAUGUAAGUACAGUAUACCGUAAUCAUAUCAUAUAGAUAAGCUUGGACUUGCGACUAAUGUAUAGGAAGUAUGAAUUCAAAUCAAUACGUUCGUAGUAUUUGUUCUAUGAAAUAAAAAUCGUAUUAUAGUAUUGUCACGGUAGGAAAAAAAAAAACAGGUCCUCAAAUUGUUUUCGUUCGUGAACGUUUGAGUACACCGACGGACUGUCUGCGGAGAAAAUAAUUUCGGGCAUUUAUUGACAGCGGGCCGCGAUAUAAUAUUGUUAUCAGAUGUUGUCCGGAUACGAUAGGCUAUAAUAAAGGUGAUAUUUUAUAGAGCUCGGGUGACCAUUUUUUUUUUUUUUUUUUUUUAAAAUAUCCGAUUCAACAAAACGAUAAUACUGCAGUAUUAUAGUAAUAUCAACAAUAACAAUAAUGAUAAAUAUUAUUUAUUAUACGUCUGUUAUUGUAAUAAGUAUAACAAUAAUAUACGUGAUCCGAAAUGCGAAAUUCGAGAGCGCGAAGAAAUAAAAAAAAACACCGCCAUGUAUAUAUUUUGUGUAUAAUACCUACCUGACGGACGGAAAGAAUUUUCGUUAAAAUCAGAAAGAAAACGAAACGACUAUUGUAUUGUUAUUAUCAUAAUAUCGUCCUAAAUAUAAACACAAAUAUUGUAAUGUUGCGUGCAUGUGUUUUAUGCAUGUGUGUGUAUUUAAAUAAGACGAUAUUUAAAUAAACAAUAUGGCUGAGACGAACGUGAUCGUGUUAAAAAACCUAAAAUAUAAUUCACAUUUUCACGGUCCUGCGUUCUGUUCUUCCGCCGCAGUGGACACAUUCGCUCGUUUUUCGCCUACUGACCCAAUUGUCAAAAUACACCUAUACGAAAAAGAUGACACACUAAACGACGGCGACAGCGAUUCGCUGUGUGUGAACAUUUUUCCAUCAUUCGAUUGCUGUACACCUGCACAAUAUAGCGUAAUAACAAUAAUACGAGAGUGUAUUUAUUAUUAUUGCUUUGAGUACACACGUAACGCGUUUUUGGGUGACGAAUACACGUGACGACUACACGAACAGCUGGUACCGUUUUCGAUGACUCUUUAUUUAUUCCGAGCAGCAUGAGUAUCUCGGAUGUGAGUGGUGUACUGGUGUAUUCAGACUAACGAGGAUUUAACGUACUAUAGUUGGAAGUCUAGGAGUAUGGUGAAUAUAUAGCGUGCACAAUCAAGCACAGUCGAGAGAAGGAAAUACACCAUCACAACUAGGCGGUCUGUAGGCGAGACAAGCGUAAUUGUCUAGAUGAAAGCUGGGGUUGGGGUAGGUUAAAGAAAAAGUGUCCAGGAGUUAUUGUAAGGGAAAAUAUGAGGAAUUGUGUGGGAGAUGAAAAUAUCUAAGUGAUAGACAGCAUGAUUUGGAGCGAAAGAAUCAGAGUAACUGAUCUCACUUAUGUGAAAGAAAAGAAGAAGACGAGUGCCUCCUAAUUUCUUUAUCUACGUUAUAAUGUGUUCUCAUAUAUCGUUUAAUAAUUUAAAAAUAACCAUUUUCCUGGGCCUAAUACUUCUUCCUCAACUACCAUACAUAUACGUUAUCCUCAAAUAUUUUUCAUCGUCUCAUCUUAAAUUAAAUCUUCUGUAAUACAUAAUAUAUUCUAUCAUAGUCUGUCAUACAAUCGUAUUAUUUUCUCUCACGCCUCUCCCGCUAUACUUUAUUGAUACUUAACUUUUUCGCCUCUGCUCUUUCCAUUUUUAUUUCGUCUCAUUUUUUAUUAACGCCGCACACUCAGACGCCCAUACAUUUUAGCUGAUCACAUAAUGGUUUUAUAAGACUAAUGUUAUUCAGACAAACAGAACAAAUACCUAAAUAAAAAAAAAAUACCAAAAUACUAAACAAAUACCUAAAUAUCUUCUGUCCACUAGGGUGUAUAGAUUUAAUUAGUGUUUCGAAAGAAUAUAACGUUUUUGGAUCUGUUCACAGCCCACACGGUGCGCGUGUUUCGGGAGUCGUAGAAGAGACACCUGGACGACUCGAGUACGAGGUAGCCCUGUACAAGGAAGCACCGGCAAGGCUGACUAACUUGAGUCACAACAGUGAAUUACCGGUCGACCAGGCCGUGCCAAUUGGUACCAAACUUCAGCUCCGGGCCAGGAUCAACCCACAUUCAGGUAUGAAAAGGAGUUUCCAAAAAAUGCAUAUGAUUUUGGAAUAAUAAUCUGUCGCAUUCGUAUAAUUAAAUUAUUAUUUCCGUGAAUGGGACAUUUCUUGAAAAGUAAAUCGAUAUCGUGAAUAGUAUAUGAUAUAUAUUAUUAAAUGACGUGGAAAUGACAUUGAGUAGAAUUUAUUUUUUUUGUAUUUACACGAUAUCGGUAACCAUUCGCGAAACAAUUUGGUUAAACUUUGUGAAAUUUUUCCGUGAUUCGGAUAUUUUUAUUAGACGGUUUAAAAUUGUUCGUUUACAUCGAAGCAAUAAAACUAUACAUCAUUCACAAUAUUAUUCAUAAAUUGAUAUCGUUUCGAAUGAUCAGUCUUUUUAGCACGUUUUCGAAGACGAAUAAAUCGAAAAACUCACGGUCAAAAAUCCCAUACGUCACCUUUGGCGAUGGUAACUCACGGGUAUUGGUGAAGAGUGAAAAUAAAAACUAACCCGGUAUACGGUAAUCAGUAAAAUUAUAAUAUAAUACAAUCGAUCGGACUACCACCGAUCGCCACGAACGCCUGUAUAAGAGUGUUAUUUUUCCCGGUCAAAUUCAUUAUGUAGAAAGUAAACGCCGCAUCGUGUAUCUAAUUCGAUCGGUUAUAAACCACCCGUGUAAAAAUAAUACGCUAAUAAUUGAUCUAUCGACAGUAAUAAUUCGGAGGAGAAAAUAUACGCACACGACGACUCCUGGGAAAAAUCGCUCACGUCGGACGACACCACAAUUCCCUCCCCUCCGCAAUAGGCUAUCGUUAAUUGUUACAAAUCAGUGUUGGUCUUAUAUCAUCUAGAUAAAAUCUAUAAAACGAUAAUCUAGAUUGAAUGACAUUCUGUCAUACUAAAGUUGUAUUUUUAAUAUUAUAGAAAAAACCAAAAUGUUUUAAUCCUCUCAAUAUUAUUCUAAGUAAAUAAGAAUAUAAUAAAAAUACCAAUUUUGUUAUUAUUUUUUAUCACACUUAUAUUGGUAAUUCAAACAUAAUAUAUCAUAGUUAUAUUAAAUUUUGCAAAUAAUUAUUUGCACUUUAGUCAACACACUAAAUUUAAAAACUAUUUAAAUAACGUUUAUUUUCUUACAAGUUGAAAUAAUAUUUGUAUGUUAUCUAGAUAACUGAAAACUAUAUUUUAUCUUUCUUUUUCUUCUUUUUUUUUUCUAUUGUGUUUUUUAUUCUAAAGACCGCUUUAUUCAGCAAGUAAUUGCCUUCAUUGCCAAGUCUCUUCGUAUUAUUCCAGGAUUUAUAUUUUCCACGUUUUCUUAAGGAGACCCCGUCUUUCCACCUUAACCACAAGAGCUUCAGUGGUCUUUUUUUUUCUAGAUAUCUCUGAAAAGUUCUAUUUGUAUGAUCUGCCAACGUGAACGCAGAACUCAAUAAGUCGCUUCAUAACAAUGGCUUUCAUUAUAUUCGAACUCCUGUUUACAUUUCUACCAGUUCCCUAUGUUUCCAGAUUCUCUAUUUUCCUAUAUUUACGUGAUGAAAAUUACAUCUUUACAUGGAUCAUAUAUUUGUAUAGACAAAUACAUAGGUAGGUAUCUUUCUUUCAAAUAUCGUUAGUCGCAACGAGUUAUCAUUAGUUUUCGCAACGUUUGUUUUUUUGGCACGUAGGUUACAGCUGAUUUUACAAGCGUUAGACGUACUCAUAGAAAGCAUUCUGGUAGUAUUUUUAUCGUUAUAUAAGAUAAACAAUUAGAAGAUACCUUUAUAUACCUUUUAUCUACAACAAAUAUUGAUAAUUUUCCAAUGCAGAUAAUUAUAAAUGUUCAACGUUAUAAAUAAUUAAAAUGCCAGGUGUAUUAUUAUUUAUUAUAAAAAAUUGGAGCACGACUAAUCUCUAAGUUUUGGGUUUUUUGUUUGUUCCCGCAGCCUGGAAGUUCGUCAAGUUGAUGGAAGUAUCCGUAUCUCCAGACCCUGACAACGCGCACGUGUCCGGCAGUGUUGCUCUGGUCAAAGACGGGUAAGUGUCGAAAAUCUCGUUCGAUUUGAAUAAUAAUAUUAUACAUAAUCAUAACCGAAAGAAAUCGAAUUAAUAUCAUACCAAAAGUUAGUAAUAUAAUGAAAAUAAUAAAAAAGUCCUGAUACAAUUGAUGGGUGUGCUAAUGUUUAAACAGGGAAGUUGAAAAAUAGGAUAUAGAAUAAUGCAAUUAUUUAAAUCUGUAAGUAACGAAAAAUAUUUGUUAACAAAACACUAUUCUGAGUGAAGUUUGAUUGUAUAUGUUUUAAAAUUACGACAUCUGUACGAUUAACAUCAAAUACAUAAUAUAAGUUGUAAAUAAGAGCGUUAAAAAUCUUAAAAAAAAAUAAAUGAAUAAUAAUAACAUCAAUAAUAAAAUCCAGAAAAAAAAUCAUUUAGAAUCUCCCUCUUAAAAAAGUUCUGAAAUGUAAUAGAUUAUAACAUAUUUUCUUCAUGAUAAAAGAUGUCAAAAAAAAAAAAACGUAUUUAAACAGAGUAAAAUAACAGGAAAUUUUGUACUUUUACAACUCUGAUAAUGUGUACUUUGGUCAGUUUAGACCACUAUCUAUAAUAUUUGCAUAGGGUAUUUUGAUUUUUAUAUUAAAUAUAUACAUUAUUAUAGCGUAAAUCAUACUUUUUAGGGCGCUUUUGUUAUUAUUAUUUUUUUUAUUAAAGCGCACGAGUGAAAACACCUUUUUUUUUUUUUCAAAAGACAACAUCUAUAAUAUUUUCUCCGUUUUAAUAUUUAGUAAUUAGUAUUAUUCUUGUUUUUUUUUUCGUCUCGUAAACUAUCGAGAUAGUAUUAUUAUUAUACUCGUAGUACCGAAUUAUAAUCUAGUGUUAUCGCUACGAAGAAAACGAAAUUAUUCACGUUUACACGUCGUCCGUUCCGCCGCCGCUAACCUGUCAAUCUGAUCGCGGAGCACCGUCAAUACCGGUACACUGCGCCGGUGCAGUGUAUUAAAUUAAAAGGGAAAAAAAAUUAUAAAUAUUAUAAUAACCCAUCACGGCACCGGUUGUAUCUGUUUCACAAGCGCGCGAAAUAAUAUUAUAACAUGUAUAAAAUAAUGACGGUUAUUUGACGAGGUUUUUACUUUUCGCUAAUAUUUUAAUAACUAGAUCACGAGCGGCGUAUACAACAACAACAAUAAUAAUAAUAAUAAUAAUAAUAACAAUGAUGAUAAGAUUUGAGUUUUUCGCACUGGGAUAGUAUCAUUAACUCGCGGAGAAAUUUGGCUCGGCUCGGCUUCGUUUUCGUAUUUAUUUCGAUAAAAUAUUUAUUUACGCCGAUAAUGUUGGAAUAUAACAGAAAUGAAAACUAAACAACCGAAGAACAGUUGUUAUGCCAAUAUAUAUAUAUAUAUAACAGUAGAGAUAAAAAAAUUAUAUACUUCGCAACCACUGUUGCGAGGGAGGUAUGAUAUUAAAAAGGAAUUUAUAAUUACGCGACGGCAAAACGGUCAUGCGCAAAGUUCGAUUUAAACACGUUUCGAUCAACAACUUAAAUUGAAACUAAUUCAAUGAACGCAUUGUAACAAUGAAUUAAAUUUCAUUUAACAAAAGAACUAAAAUUCUUUACCGUACUUUUCAUCAUAAAUUACCGAGGUUUUUACGGAACUAAAUAUAACUCGGAAAAUAGUACGUGAAAUAAAAUAUCGUGUUAAUGAAUUUUCGAAAUUUUAUGCAUAGUAUUAUAGUAAUACGCAAUAAAUUAUAACGACUUAUGAAGAAUCUUAUAAUCGACAAUCGAACAUUUUUGAGACGCUUAAAAAAUAGCAUGCACUUAUAACAAAGAAAAAAAAAACCGUCGAAUUGCUUAAAAAUCGACAAAAUAUCCGGGAAAUUCAGCCACGUCUGGAAAGGAUUACUAUAAGGGAUCGGUAAAAAUUGUAGAUGAAAAUCGAAAACAAAAAUAAGAAUCGUUUUUGCGUAAACAUAUUUCCGAGGGGUUAUCCCAAUCGUUAAUUAAAUUACAAAAAAAUAAUGCGAAAAAAAUGACCUCCUCAACGCACCGACCGGAUCGAAUUUCCCACCAGAAACCGACCGUCCUUUGAGUGGACGAUCGGAGCGAGAUUUCUGACAGAAAAGUCGUUUACAGACACAGCGCACACACAAAAGCUACACAGUGGGUAUACAUAGCGUAUUAUCAUUGGAAAACCCAUACGUUACUCGCUACGCUCAGAAUACAAAACCUCCGGUUGAUAUAUUGCGAUUUCACGACAGCGUCACACGUAGAAUUGUUAUAGGCAACCGUACAGUAGGUAUAUUGUUGUGCACCGAGACGGCGCCAAUAUUUUACCGGCCCGGACUCGCGGUAUGAUAAAAAAAUAAUGAUAUCUCGCUGUAACGUCCGAGGCUACCGUAUACGAUAUUGUAUUUGCGGCGAAAGGAAAUGCAUAAAGUGUCGAAAACGAUUCGUUUACUAAACGUAGCCAGGUACCUGGUAAAAUGCAUAGCGCUCGACCGUGUUCGGAUCGACAGUGAAUAUUAUUUUUUCAAACGCAGUUUUAUCGAACGAAAAUCGUUCUAAUAUUUCUACGGAGGAACGGGAAACGCAAUUUAAUGUCAUAUCAUAUUAAAAUAAAUACGCGUGUGUGCGCGCGGAAAAUUACCCGUGACCCAGUGAGAAGACCGCGAAAAUCGUCCGGUGGCGACCAUCACCGUGUACGACGUGUAUAUUUAUAUUAUAUUUUUAUAAUGAAUAAUAAUAAUAUUAUUAAUGUGUUCAUAACCGUGAAUUUUUAUGUUUUUUUUUUUUUUCUUCUCUUCACUUCGUCGCUCGCAGAUGCCGGAAUCGAGAUUUCGCCACGAUCAUCCCGCACCAGCCGGCCAAGUACCGGGAGAGGCACAACGAGGUGUUUUUGGACUUUGAGGCGUUCCUGUUGAGCACCAUGAAGGAACGGUCGACGUUGUGGAUUCACUCGCAAAUUAAAGCUUGCAUGGACGCCAACGACUGUCAGCCCGUGAGUAGUCCGGUCCGAUACCUAUAUAUUCUAAGCCUUAGCUUAACCUUAGAAUCUAUGUUCAAGCCAUCCCGAGUGCAUAUUUUUACAGGCAGCUGUAGACCUUUUUUGAGUUCGGUCCAAGUCGAAUCGUAACCUAACCUAGUUGAUAUUGGGAGUUUAGGGCGGCAUUAGGAGUUUUACUGAAUAUCUACUAAAAUCUAUUUGCUAGUCCAAACCUGAUACUGCUUCAAGAAAUUUAUUAUUCGAAAUGUAAAUUUAAAACCUAUUACCCAAUCGAUGAUACGCCCUAGGGGAAAUGAAAAAACUUGACCUACCUGUUGGUACAAACCUAAUAUUGCUCCAAGAAAGUUGGUGUUCCAAGUUUAAAACCAAAAUCUAGUCAAUGAAAAACCAAGAUGUGCAUGCUUACGUACUACUCGGAGUAAACUCGGAUAUGGCUUGUAUAUACGCUCCCUGAGUUUGUGUCCCUAUAUUUUUAUUAUCUCAACGACGACGAUAGUAACUCAUUUCGAUUCGAUAAACAGGACGAAUAGUGUAGUGAGAUAAUUUCCGUCUCUAAUUGGGUUUCACUUUUCGGUUUGAAUCAAUCUACGAAACAUCUAAUACAUUUGUGAAUUUUUGUCAUUGGUAACCAUUCUAUCUUCUAAAACGUUGUCAAACAAAAAUGUAAAGCUAUUUAGUUAGGCUGAGACAUUAGAUGUGGGUAUAUAAGUGUCGUCCUUUUAAGUGUAGUUGGACACCGGGCAUUUAGAUCGUAGAUUUAAACCAGGCACAUAGAUUAAGGAAAAAGUCAAUAGAUGUUAUGUAAGGUGAUAUCUAUAAUCUAUAGUGAUAGGUAAGGAGAUGGUUGGGGUAAGAAUAACAAUAUAAAUUACGCUAACUAACGUGGGAUAAAAGCCAAGGGAAAGAAGAAAAAUAAAUAAUACAAUAGGUCAGGCCAGUUAGGUAAACUAAUAGUUUUCACCACGAAUACUUUUUUCAUGUAACGACGUUUCGCGUCAGUAUUGCGGCAAUUCUUGAGUGCCCACAUGUUGGUGGCUAAUUCGGACUAUGCAGUCAGUAUUCACGUUCGGUAUUCGGUGUAUUAUAGAGCUGUUAAAAUAAUAAUAUUGUCAUUACCGUCAUAACAAUUUUACCUCUUUAACGAUAGAAUUUAGGACGACCAAACCAUCGACACCGACAUGACGUCAUUGCAUUUUAGACCAAUUCAUUUGAUACAGCUGGCAUUUUUUACAUUCCCCAAAAUACAUCAUGAGUCGAUUAAUCUGACACUUGUAGAUUCAUAAAAAAUGAUAUAACAGUUGUUCAUUGGAAAUAAGUAUCUGAUUGUUGCAUAUAAUAUGUCUUUUACAUUUCACAGACUGAACGAAUCACGUUUUUUUUUUUUUUUAAAUUCCCUAAUCAUAAUAUUCCGUUUGUUUAAGAUAUAAAAAAUCGACUUAAUAACUAUAACAAUUUGGUUUUUUGUAUAUUCAAAAACCAAAAUUACUCGUCCCCAAUCGUAUUCGCCAUACUAUUACUACUAUAAUAUUGGUGGGAAAAAUCCAGAUUUUCUGAAAUUCGAUAAUACGGAUUUUAAAAAUCCGAAUAAUCAACAAUGUAUUUAAAAUCUGAAUUUUAGAUUUUGAAACCAUGAUUUUGGAUUAUUUUAGUCGUUUUUUUAUUCAAAUUAAAAACUUAUUAUAAUAAUUAUAUAUUUAUUUGUUAUAAAUAUAAUAUAAUAAAAAUUAUCUGAUAGUAAUUUAUUAUAAUCACACUAAGUAAAAUUAUCAAAUAAAGAUAAAAUAUAAAGGAAAUAUUUUAUACUCAUUUUUUUUCUAUAAAAUCAUUUAAUACACAUUUUAGAUUAUGAAAGUGAUGAGGGAUAUACGCAAAAAUAUAUAUCAUAAAUUUUAAAUAUCAAAUUUUAAAAUCUAAAAUUAAAAUUUUCGGUAUUUGAGAUCCAAAAUUUAAAUUUUUCGAUUUUCGGUUAAUCCGGAUUUAUAUCAUAUCACUAGUUUAUCAUCUUCGUAUAGUUUCCCGACUCAGUACGAGUAAACAGGCUGCCAAAAACAUUGACCUUCAAAAAUCCAAAUCCUAUAUAUUAUCCUUUUAUCCUAAUUAGUUACUUCCCGUCUCUUCAGAUUUUGUCGUAAUUCAUCCGUUAAUCGUUUCUUAAAUCUGGGCUUUCUUUGUCCCUUCACUCAAUUGGAGCACUAAUUUCAUUGGUUGCUUCUUUUCUUAUUAUGUGUUCAACCCACUGAAUUCUCUGUUCCUUCACGAAGCUUAUUGUUACGCAUAAUAUAACAUAUUUUGGUGAACCCCCCUCUGUGUCCUAAGCUUCUUAGUUCAAUCGUCUUAAGAAAUUAUAUAUUUUGUUCAUGAAAUUUAUUCCCGCAAUUUUCUCCGCAGGAAUACUGUUUGGACCUAUUUGAACCGUCUGGACACGGGCGCAGACGCAAGAGGCAUGUAAACGGCAACAGCACGGCAAUCUUGUCAGCCGUGGCGGACGCCACCGAUGACAAAUCGCUGAACGCUACGAACUUUGCCAAGUUCAAGGAAAACAUCGAGUACACGGUCAUUAUGCCCGAAGACAUUUACCACGGCAGCCCGAUGACAUCAGAAAACAACUGUGGCACGUUCCUGGCCCUGUCCGGCGUUUUGGGCUGUCUGCUGUUCGUGGCCGCCAUGAUCCUGUGUUACCUGACGUCCCGGUUGCAGGCAGCCAUCGGGUCCAAGUACCGGGGGCAACAGGACUCGUUUGGAACCGGUCGGCUUCACUCAUCCAGUGGCGGCCAAUCGUCCAAGUUUCCCGUAUCGUUCAGCGGUUCGUCGGCGUACACGGGACGGUUACAUUGACACCACCGCCGCUGAUUUAUUAUAUUAUAGAAUUUUUUUUUUUUACAUUGUAAAUAUGUUUUCAUAUAUAUAAACAGUAUAUAUAGACGCUUGAUUCACGAUUCAAUCAGUUUGUGUGAAACAAAAAAAAAAAAAAAAAAACCUUUUAAAAAACAACCGUACUCGAGUUUAUGCGCGGUGCAAUUAUAAGUUUGGUUGCCACUUUGAAAUGUUACUGUCACGACACCCGGACUUGGUCGAAAAGCUCGAUUGGUCGGGGAUAGGUUUCAACUUAGCCUAACCUAACCUAUAAUCACGUAGCACAAUCCCCGAAUUGAAUCGUGAUUUAAACGGUGCUAUUGUGAACGAUUACAAUUAGUAAUAGGUAUGUAUUGCCGUUCAAACUUAAUAAUUAUUAUUUAGUUAUUAAAAUAUUAUUUAUCGUUGCGCAUAGGAUAUUAUUUAUAUUAUUAUAAGAUAGUUACGGCGUCUUCUCGGUGGCGUUCCCGGGAAAUCUUAAAAGGAAAGAGGGGCCGUGGAUAUAGGAAUUUGUUUACAAACCGACGACGGAUACAAUGUAGACAUAGAAAAUAAAGAAAUUGAUGGGCCAAUGUAGCUUAUCAUAUGGUCGGUUUUAAUAUUGCAUAUCAUUACUGUUAGAGAGAGAAAGAUAACAGCAUAAAUAGAAGUGUCUCGUCCAUUUUUUUUUUUAAUGUCUCUUAUAACGAAUGAAACAAUUUGAAAAACUCUCGAUAAAAUGGAGAUAUGAACGAUUCACAAUUAAAUUUCAUACAAUGUUUGUAUCAAUAUUUUUCGAUCCCUCGGGGUUUCAUUUCAACUAUAAUAAUUUGCAACGUUUUGCGUUUUUUUUUUUUUUUUAUGGACACGAGUUCCUAUUCCCUUUAUCUCUCUCCGAGAACGCCCGCGAGAUUUCGCACGGUAGUCCAGUCAUAAAGGCCGAUUUUACAAAACAAUAAUGUAGGGCUAUCAACGUGUUUCGUUCGGAUGUUCCGUUUUUACUGUCGACCGAUCGACAUUUUUUCCGCUUCGCAUUCAUCAAAUUGCACUUAAAGAUAAAAAAAUAAAAAAAUAACCAAUUAAAAAAGUAUAGGAAUUAAAAAUUCUAAAAUUUAAAAUACGACUGUUCAGUUAUAAAUAUUAUGUACUUAAGUUUGACUUCACGCAGCCACAGUUAUAUGACAAUUUUACAAAGCCUUGUAAUUUUUUUUAAAG